CGGUAUUAAGCGGUAUUAGAUAGGGGUGCAUUUGUUCUCUCUGUGAAUGGGACCCUAUAAAUGUGCAACUAGCUCCUUCCAAAAGAAGCUAUGGUUGCAUUUCGACUUUGUUCUCGGGUUUUAGCGGGUGGACAAAGCCUGGGUGUUUGCGAUAGGUGUACUUAGCCAAUGGUAGGAGGGACUUGGUAUAAUGUAAUACCGCAGGAUACAGUGAUACAGGCUCGGGUGUCAGCCGCGGGUCGCGGCAGGCUAUUCAGAACGGCGCAACUCUAUCUUUGGUCCCGUGCAAACAAGCGUCUCGGGUUAGGCGUAGGUGUACGGUCGGAGGUUGAGGGGGCACGUUGCGUUGCGAGGGUCGACAGAACGGGGGGACACACACAACAAACCGGAGGUUUUUUACCUCUCGUGCGGAGAGGAGACUCCGCGAUUUCACCGAGGGAUUUCAGGAGGAUGAGGCAUCAGCUUUGACAUGGCAGACGAGGGACCGACAGCCACCUUACCGGCGCUGUACAUCCCUCCCCUGACCGGUCCGGACGAGCCGGCGGUCGGGGAGGCGGUGGUGCCUGCCGGGGACGACGUCAAACUGCCCUUCCUAUCAGGACUGGGCGGCGAGGCGCUGGCUGAAGAAGUUCUCCGAGCUCCGCCCGAGGGCGACGUGGCGGAGAACACGGACCUGCUCUCGCCCGACAAGCUGCCUCCCAUCCCCCAUCCCCCCAUCAGGCCCAAACGUGAGAAGAUGCGGUACAUCACCUUCACUGCCGAGGCGACCCGACACACCAAGGAGCUCAAACGGACCAAGCGGAGACGCUUCAGUCUGGAGCAGAAGACGGAAGAGGAGGAAAACGCUCAAAAACAGAAAGGACCGCUAGGUCCUGAGGAAUGCCUGAGGUGCGCGCUUCGCAUGGAACAUGCACAAUGCGAACCGAUGAACUACUUCAACAUGACGGAGAUGGAGAGGACCGCCAUGCCGCGACUAUUCCCGCCUUUCGCACAACUGCCCGUGAAGCUGCCCGAUAUCUGGAAGAAGAUCCUCGCUCUGAGAAUGAACAAGGCCGAGAUGACGCUGUUCUGUGGCAUCCUUCUCAUGUCCCCAGCUCAGGGAGUGAUAGGUGGAGUGAGUGGGGUGGUACGCUUCCAAGCCAUGCUGCAGGCCAUAAUGGCACUCAAGAAGUUGAACGAGGAGCACGCCGAGAAAACCAGGCAGAUCACCAAGGUCAUGCCGUACCUCAAGAUUCCGCAACUCUUCAGUGAACUCCACAAGUCAACAACAAAUGGCGUUCUGUCUGACGAAGCCACUGAGUUUAAAUCCAGUGUUCUAAACGUGUUCUUUUGUUGCUGUCCCCUUUUUGCAGGUCGCCGACACCGGGGCCACGGCAGCGGCGGCAGCAGCAGGAGCGGCAGCCGGCACGGAGGGCGUCGUCGCCACCGUCGCCAUGGCAGCGGGGACAGCGCAAGCGUGGUCAGCACAUACAGCUACGACAGCCAGGGAAACGUCACACGGAAAAAGCACAGGAGACGAAGAAGAUCUCGCAGCGGCAGUGGUGGCAGCGGCAGAGGCCGACAUCGACGUCGCGGCGGCGGCAGACGGAGAAGGGACAGCAAGGGCUCUUACUCUUCAUACUCUUCUUAUAGCGAUAGGGGAUCAGGGAAAGGCCGGCGGAGACGCGGGCGGAGACGCAGGUCAGGAUCCAGGGGAUCACGUGACUCCCGAGGGCACCGGCGCCGCCGCCACAGGCGGGUAGACAGUCAGGGCAACAGUUACAGUGAGUACAGCGACUACAGUAGCCGGUCGGGGUCCCGCGGGGGCGGCAGGCGGCGAGGCCGGCGCGGGAAGGACGGCAGGAGUCGCCGCAGCAGGUCCAGAGGAGGAGGGCGGCGGCGGAGGAGGCGCGGCAGCGGCAGUAGUUAUUCCAGCUCCUAUUAUAGUUCUAGUUCUUACGAGUCGACGGAGUACGACUCGGAGGGGAGAGCGCUGCCGAAGAAGAAGAAGGAGAAGCGGGACAGACGUGGCCGCGGCAGGGGGCACGGCCGGGACCGGCACGGCAGGCGGAGACGGAGCGUCAGCUCGGACAGUACCUCCGUCAGCAGCGACUCAGCGACGACGGUUAGCUCGGUUUUAGACCUGGAGGACGAAGAUGACCCGAACAUUACCGAGGAGGAACGACAGGCCCGAAGGGAGCGGAACAAGGCGAAGAUCGAGGCACAUGAGAAAAAGAGGGAAGAAAGGAAGGUGGCGAGGGAGAAGAGGAGGGAGGACAGAAGAAUAAGGAGAGAGGAGCAGAAAGAAAGAAGAGAAGAUCGGAAGGAGAGACGGCGGCGGCGCGGCUCCUACUCCUCCUCGGACGAGAGCACGUGGGGCGACGGGAAGACGGCCGUCAAGUACGGCAAGGGCUCCCGGCGGGACGGCAAGAUGAGGAAGGACGGGCGGGACAUCGGCUAUGACGACCCUAAUGACCCGUGGAACAAGGGUAAGAAAGGCCGGAAGGGGAAAGACAAGAAGCCCCGUGCGGACGGCACCUACAGCUCCAGCUCUGAGGAGACAGUCUAUGAUGAACACGGAAACAAAAUGCCUAAGAAAAAGAAGGACAAGAAAAAGAAGAAGAGCGGCUGGUUUAGCAGCUCUAGCAGCGAAACAGAGACAGAAGAGUCUAUUUACGAGGAGAGGAUAAGAGCGGACGGAACAAUAGAGAAAGUCAAAGUAGGAACAAAGAAAGUUAAGAAGAAGAAAGACAAGAAAUGGAAAUACAGACAAAAGUCAGCAGACACAGAGUACGACUCAGUAGGCAGCGCGGAGGCUGAGAAAAUGGUGUUCCGGGAAGUCAUGGAUGAGUUCGGGAACAUCAUCAGACUGACGAAGUCCGGCCGGAGAAUCAAGGACGGGAAGAUCAGUAAGGAGAAGUACGACUGGGAGGGGAAGGCCAAGAGGCGCCGGGAGCGGAUAGAGGCCGGGCUGGAGCCCAAACCGCCAUCACCAGAGUACGAGGAGGAGGAGAUAGUUGAGGAGUAUAUCGAUGAGGAGGGGAACGUGGUGCGGACUGUCCGCAAGGUCCUGAAGAGGAAGCCCGGGACAGGCCCGCCCGGCAGGGAGGAGGAACCACUGACGGGCCUGCGGAGGGUGAACCAGAUCUUCCGGAAGGGCGGAGAACAGAUGCUGCAGCGGCUGAAGAACUUGAUCGCCGCCUGCGAGCUGGACGACGACAUGUUCCUCACGGACAUAGAUGAGAGGGACUCCUCGAUAGACUUCCUGUCCCAUUAUCACCUGAUUGACCGGAACAAGUUGGAGGGGUACGCCAAGGCCUUCAUCGUGGAGGAUCUGGACGAGGACAACAUCCUUAACCUACAGGAAACUCGGAUCGCCCUGGAAGGCAUCCAGAGCAUCACAAACGUGUCUAGAAAACAGACGGACUACGUUCUCAGGGUUCUCGGUAUAGACGACUCCACUCACGUGACCUUCAGAAUGUUUGCAGUUAUCGCGGCCCUGUGUGAGCGGAUGUGCACGUUAGAUUACAAGGAAAGGUACUGGAUGGAGCUGACCAACCUCAUGGACAUCGAGAGGAAAAUGGCGCUCUACAAGGCGAUGUUCUACUGUAACGUGAACUCUGACCGCAGCGCGAACUACAUCAAGGCGGACUCUCUCCGGAUCGAGCUGAUCGCGGGCGGUCUGAACCGGUACCAGGAGGAGUACAUCAUGUCCCGGAUACAGAUCAACGAGUACAGAGAGGUGUCGUUCCUGGACUACAUGGCGUACAUCCCGCUGUUCCUGUCCAUGCACGAGAAGAUCUGCGACAACCCGCUGGACAACUCCCGCAACAAGUACGCCAUGCGGGUCGGCUCGCCCGUCAUGCGCGACCAGAUGCCGCUCGGGCUGCCGCUCAGACUGGCUGCAGCGUCCAUGAAACCGUUCAAGGUACCGCAGGAGAUUCUUGACGAAGUCGAGGCCCUGUCGACGCUGGACACGCUGAAGAACGCGCCCAACAUGGUGCGCCUGCGCGCGCUGAAGAUGAAGCAGCGCGGAAUGACCAAGAGCACCAGCACCACCAGUCUGGAGAAAUGGAACGCCGACACCACGCACAACAUGGCCAACAACAUCGCAAGUCUUAUUGGUGGAGUGAGCCAAUGACGUCAGAGAGACCAACCAAUCAGCCGUCUGCUGCAAUAGACCACGAGAGCAACGUCAACCGUCGACAUCUAACAACUGCGCCCUCUAUUUAGAUAUAUAAAAACUCUGAAACGUUUGUGCGUUUUUGUGGAAAAAUGAAUGCCUAUAUAUCUGUCCAGCAUUGCCAUCGUGCCAAAUGUGUCUCAUUGUACUGUGAAAUUGACACCUGUGAAAUUUCCUACUCGUAAAUGUUUCACAAUUUAUUUUGACGACAGACAAAUGAUUUUUGUUGAGUUGUAAUCCUAAUAUUCUGUAAGGAUGUUCUCUUUAUAAGUCAAAUGAGAGUAUAUAUUUUUAUUCUCUUUUCUUCGUUAGUAAAGUCACACGGCAUGAACGAUAACUAGAUCACUUGAUCUGGCUCUAUAGUUUGUGUCUAGUUUAUUUCAACGUAUAUCUGUCGGUAAGCGGAAACUUUAGAAACAUGACAUGACUGAAAACAUUUCUUCUGUAUCGUGCUCGUCAUUGUUACAAACUCGCUAAACCAUUCUGUCGUCCCUAAAGAGCUCAACUGUAUUUUUAAAUGUUUGUAAGUGGACACAUGACCCUGUGUCGUAUUUUGUGAAAAAUAAAGAUCUCUAUUGCUGAA